AUGGUCGACGAACUCGUUAAUUUAGCAGUCAAAUCAUUAAGGUUAGAAAUAGAAAUUAUGGUUGAUGAUUACGUGAAGGAUCGUUAUCUUAAAGAAAAUAAAGUGAUAAUUACAGUUAUUGAUAAAAAAUAUAAUUAUUUAAACUUUUGGUGA